GCGAUUGUGUUCAUAUCUACCUAAUCUGUUUCUUUACGCGAAAUGCGGUUACUACUUCGAUCGCUUGCCACAGUUCUUUUGCUGUUGGUACACAAAUCAACUGCGGAUAUUCCCGGCUGCGACUUCUACGACACUGUAGAUAUAUCAAAAGAUCAAAAGUUUUCAAACGGAUCAUACCAUCAUGAAGGCUUACUUAUUCCCGCCUUUUUGGUGGGUGAAUAUAACUUCAAGCUUUUUCCUAAUGGCUCCAAAGAGGACGUGCCUAGUCACGUGAGAGGAUGUGUCUGUAAACUGAAGCCCUGCCUCAGAUUUUGCUGUCCUCUCUAUCAUAAAAUAAAUGACAGCGUUUGCAGUGAUGAAAUGUCGAAGGACGAACUGAAAAGUCACAAUCCCUACGUGAACCUGACCCUCAACGAUGGAACGGUGGCCAAAAGACACUUUAAGGACGAUCUAAUCGUGCAAUCGGAUCUGCCCAUUCCCUGUAAUGACAUGUACUAUAUAGAUCACACACUGCCUGACAAUGGCUUCUCACUAUUUGAGAAUGGAACCUUGUUUAUCCCUUACUACGGUUGGUACUUGGGUAAGCGGGAAUAUUGCGUGCAGCAUUUUGACUUCAAAGGUGAUAGUAUUCGCAUUGCUCCCCACUUUUGCCCUGCUGAUCCUGAAGCUAAAGCUGAAACUGAAACUAAAGUUGCUCCCUCGCAAUUGGGGUUGAUCAUCGUGAUGAUAAUAUCAAUGAUAAGUAUUGUUCUAACGAUCAGUGUGUACCUUAACGUCAAGAAGCUGCGAAACCUUCUCGGCCAGUGCCUCAUGUGCUACGUGGUCGCACUUUUCAUGGGUUACCUAUUUCUGAUCUUUAACUUGUGGGACGUGUGGGCGAAGCCGUCGAGCGCCUGCACUACAUCAGGUUUCCUGGGCCACUUUUUCAUAUUGGCCGCGUUCUUUUGGCUGUCUGUCAUCAGUUUUCGCCUCUGGAAUACGUUUGGCGGUGCCUCCCAUUCGGUUAACCGCUUCCUCCCAGAGAAUCGGUUUCAGGCCUACAACAGUUUCGCAUGGGGCACGCCUCUGCUUUUGAGCGGAGUCACCAUCCUAGCUGAUUUUGUCAUUGAGAACAAGGAAUGGGCACCUCGGGUGGGCACCUCACAAUGUUGGAUGCACACUGAAGACCAUACUACCUAUCUCUACUACCAUGGUCCAAUAACGCUGCUGAUUGUUUUCAACAUAUUUAUGUUUAUCCUGACAGCUAUUCGUAUAACAAAAGUAAGGAAGGAGGUCAAUAACUUUGCCCAACAGAACAGAAGAAACCAACAGAUCAAUGCGGACAGCCAAAAUUCUACCUUAUUCCUGCGACUCUUCAUUAUCAUGGGUUUGACGUGGAGCUUGGAGCUAAUAUUCUUUUCCCUGCAGGGGAAUCAAUUUUGGGAUAAACUUGCAAUAGUGCCUGACUAUAUAAACAGUUCUCAGGGCACCAUCAUAUUCGUUCUAUUCGUUUUGACGCCUAGCACUUUAAAACUCUUGAAGGAGCGCAUUAAGGGUAAUAAAGACGAAGACCCUGACAACGAGGAACAAAUCUCGCUUGGGAAUACGAAAUUUGACCAAAGU